AUGUACCUAAAGAAUUCGAAUUUAGCCGGUACAGCCCAUUCAGGCUUGAUGAAAGUUACUUUUCAGAUGUGCAAUACAUCUUUGAUGUAUGCUGCUAGAGGUAAUCAUCCACAUACUUGCCAAGAGUUAUUAUCUCAUGGUGCAGAUUAUUCACUUUCAAAUUUGAAUGAUGAUAGUGCCCAUCAACUUGCUAUAGAAAACAACAGCACACUAGCUCAAGCAGUGAUAGAGAACUUCAUCUGCUCAAAAUUGGAGGAAUCAUCUAGUGACUUGAUAACAUCAAAACUCAAUUCACCAAAAAUGGAUGAUGAUUAUGCCUAG